CGUGUGGUUAUUCCCUAUACGCGAAGAUGGCUACUGUGGAUUUCGCAUCCGCUCCAUUGCAGGAUCUAUUUAUUCACAAUGCCGACAUUGAUCAGCUCGGAUCGUACGUUCAGCAGCUCGAUCGCCAGUUCCGAGAAACCCACGAUGAGAAAGACCGAUUCGGGACUUUGCAGAUCUUGCUUCCGACCCUCAAAGCUUACCUUGUCCGUCUACAAGAACCCAACGAACAAGAGAAAUGUCUCGAAAUCUACGUUCCACCCCUGUUAGCCUCAAGUUUUACGCAGGAAUCCAUGGUCUCCACUGAGAGUGUUCAUUUACUCAGUGAAGCCGUGGCCUACUUUAUCGCCUACUCGCUUCUCGAUCGGCCCCAUCGUAGCAAAAAGGAAGACGAAAAUCUCGAAGACACGUUCCCGAAACCGUCGCCGGAUACUGUUCAUCAACCUCGAUUUGGACCCUUGUCCCUGUCUAUGUUUAUGGGCCAACUCGUCGCCGCCGUACAAACCGAACCGGACUUUGUGGAUCUUCAUCCGAUGCAAUUUUUGAUCUCCCAUAUUCAGUCCGAGAAUGCCCAAUUAUCUUGUUUGUCCGAAUGGGAAUCCGUGAAAAUGCAGGCGCAAAAUUUGUGCAAAAAGCUGGAAACCCGAUCGACCAAUUUAUCCAUGAUAGCCGACGAGGAUGCCGACGACAGUGUCAGCGUGGUGAGUACCACCACCUUUAACACGGCCGUUUCCUCCAACGAUCCAUCGUUUCUCGGCCUGUUCGACCUGGAAUGCUGUUUCGACGUGUUGAAUCUCUUUGUAAAAUGUGUUUCCGAAUCCACUGAGUUCGAACUCGACGAUCCAGACUCGCCAGCUGUGGCAUCCUUGAACCAUUACAUGGACCUGCUGAUGGCCGUCGUCGUCGCCAUGGUCCCUUGCACUGACGCAUCCAUUCGAUCCAAACUCACCAACGAACUGAUACCCAAUCUGUUCCGCUGGCAGCGCCAGCAAUUGCAGCGUCAACAGGCUCACCAAGACGAAAUCAAUGGAAAACUUACCGUGUGGUGUCAGAUGUUAUGGGAUCGCACGCUUCAAUUAUUCGCCUUGCCAGCCACUAAUUUACUGCGAUUAGAGACUUAUGGUUUGAUUGCCAAAUGCUUUGAAUUUUACUUUGGGCUCGAUCCAGUUUCCGGUCAAGCCGUCGUCCAUCUCGAUUUGCGUUAUAAUGAAUCCUUUUUCAAAAUCUUACAGAGUGGGCUGAUGAGCAACGAUGCCGUGGCGCGUAAAUAUUCCUCGUACAUCUUGAAGCGCAUCAUUGACUUUACAAACAAGUAUUCUGCCGACGUCGAUGCUACCCAAAAAUCGUGGACGCGUUUCUUUCAUUGGUCUCUGGAUCAAUCGCAAAAUUAUGUGGACAUGUGGGAUGAUUGGUUCCUGCUGUAUGACAUUAUGCAUGAAUCUGUUGUCCAUCUCGUGGAUCCAGUCAUGCCACGAUUCGAAAUGCUGUUGAGAAAUACCAACGUCCAUUUGGAUCCUUCGUGGUGGAUCCUUCUUUUGUGCCGCGGUUUUCACAAUGAAACGGGAUCCGUUAAAAAAUGUAUUUUGGACUACCUUUUCGCUCGUCGAGCCCCAGAGACACUUCACAUGCUAGGCGUUCAGCAUGAUUUCAUUUUCGGCCCGUUCCUCAAGACACUAGAUGUAACAGCAUUAUAUUCCGUGCCAACGCAAGGCACCCUUGUCAGUCCCUUUGCAGAACACCUGAAAGAAUUCAUCGUGCAUUUGGUAAACGCGUUAAAGGAUAAAAACGAAAAGAUUGCAUUCCUACAGCGUAUUAUUCAUCACUCGGCCCAUGUCGUGAAUAGCCACGUCUUGAUUCUUUACAUCCUGGAAGCGUUGAACAACUUGGAACCGGUCCAAGCAUGGCGUGGGGAAGAGUUGAAAUCAUUACGCUACUUGGUCGAUCGCCAUCGUAAUUUCAGCACGGUGAAAUCCAAACUUUAUUUGCGCAAGAUCGGCAUGACCGCAUUGAUCAAAUUGGCGGACAACACCAUUUCUUUCUCCGAUGUGGCAAAAACCGUUUCAUCUCUGUUGACCGAUUAUCCCAUCACCGUUCACAACCAAGAGUACCUCUGCCUACGCACUUGGCUGAAAAAUCAUGUCGCCCGGAAUAAUGAAUUGCAGUCUGUGCUUGAUAUGCUGAAACAGAAGACGGAAUCGUAUGUGGGCGAACCAAUGUCAGAGGAUGUACCCACUGUUAUCCUUCGUGGCCAAGCCAAUGUACUUGUUCGACUCGCCAUUUUGCUGAUAGCGGACGAUAAUGGAGCCCCCUUGAAGGAUUCAGUCAAUUAUUUGUACCGCUCUUUAUGUACCAAACUCCAAGACCCGACCAGUUCUAUUAGCACAUUCAAUCGACAACUCGUUUUGUUGGAUGCUUUAUGGUCGAUGUGUUUGGAAUUUUUUGGCCCUGAAUAUACAGACAUGUCUUCUCUUUUGGGACUCGACGCUGAAAUGAUGAAGCAUAUUUUGCAUUGUCUCGAUGGUCAGCUCUUGAAUAUGGAGGGUGACAACGUUACAGACGAAGAGACUGUGGAUCUUUUUAUCUCCAUGAUGCAACAUAUUCUGAAUGAUCAGUCGGCGUUUGACGAGGCGACAAGAAAAACUGUGAUUCACGAUUAUUUCCACAAGUGUCAGACAUCACUUCAAGCCAAUAACAAGAGUGCCAUUGCCAACAAGGAACUAUCCAAACCCAAUCAUAUCCGUUUAUUACGCGUUGUGUAUGAUGCAGCGAGAAAUGCCACUUAUUUUGAAUUGCCGUGUGAUCAAGGCAUCAUUUCGUUUGUCACUGGCGUACAGAUGAAACGAUUACCAGAAUUACAUAGGACAAGGAGCUGGGGUGACACACUGUCGACUCUGAUUCGAUACAAAUGGGAGUGUAUACACAGCAUUGUUAUCUUUGCUACCAAGGCUGCUGAUGCUGGAAAAGAUGCUAGUCAGAUAUUCGAUCCUUUUGAAGUUUACAAUGAAGCGAUUGACCAACUUGAGAGCGCUUCCGAACUUUGUGCAGAAGCUAUCAUUCAUUGCUUGAAACCCUUGUUAGGAUGUGCUUGGGAAAAAGAUGUUGAACAGAUUGAAGCCUGUGUAGACCACUCCAUAGAACUUGUCAAAGAAAACAUCAAUCAAUCCAAGACCUUUCCUCCCUUGAUCCGAGCAUUCAUGAGGACAGUGUUCCAGCCAUUGCUGCUGUCGAUCCCAGAAUUGAAUGAAGACGAAGGCCCGAUGAAGAAGGCAUUUGAUUUUAUCAUGGAACUCGGUGAAGUGAAGCCGUACAUUGUUUCUGAGACGGUGGAGAUUCUGCACAGUUAUUGGGCCACAAUGACGCCAGAGGCUUGUCAGUCCAUGCUGCAGUAUACUUCCAGAAUAGCCAAGCUUCUUUUGUUCGGUCCUCUACGUGAUCGUGAAGAUCAAAAGGUGGAAGCGUCCAUCACUCUGAAACUACAGACCCAAGCAGCCGUGGAAGCGGCGGCAGGAACGGUGGAGAGUGUCUUUAACCAGAAUGACUACCUCACUCGCGUUUUGCUGAAUGAUCUGAUAUUACGCUUGGAUUCAAGCAAUGAGACGCACACGUUGAUCGCCAAUCAAUUGUUGAAAGAAAUGCUAACUGUCGGCCAAAACGAAGAUCUGUAUGAAUUCAUGUACACAUCCACUGCUGAACAUCGAACCAAGCUACGCAUGUGUUGCUCGAUCAUGCUUUUAAUCCACUUUGUCCGGGAAGAUGUGGAUUCGAUUAUAGAGGCAUUGUUUGAAAUGAUGCGCCUGGAAACAGUGACUUCUGUUCGCUGCUAUAUGGAGUGGGCCAUGGUGCGACUGUUUUGGGCUUUCCCCGAUCGCUUGAAUUUAUUAUACAACCGUUUGGCCAAGUCGACCACCAAGCCGUCAUUCAUGAUCUCCAUUCUCACAGUGACCAUUUGGCUUGGGGAGAUUUUGGAUGACGCUCAUGUAUCAGACUAUUUUGAGGAGAUAUUCACACAACUUUUACCAUGGAUGAUCACCAACCAUUACACUAUUCGUUCGUACGCUUAUUGUUCAUGGUACCGAAACUGGGAAAGCUGUAAGCAACGUGGCCUCAGCAACCAAGUGGAAAGCAACAAAUACCUGUCAACUGUAAACAACUUCAUGCAGCAUCAUACCGACUGUUUGAAAGCAUUUGAAAAGAUUCGAAUGCAAUUCUAUCUUACGGAUUUCGAUCCUUUGAAAGAUUACAAUGUAGAGUUCAUUUUCCGCCAGUUGAUGACCGUCUUUGGUGUAAUUGACAAUGAAAAAAUUGCUUCCCGCGCUUUCAUCAAAGUCAAUCCCAAGCCUGUAUCAUGGUGUCCGUUUGUGAAUGCUGAUCGUGCGUUCACAUAUACUGCUGCGGAUGCCGAAGAACUCAUCACUUUUGAAGAGCAACCGGCCAAUGACCAAAAUGCCGAAGAAACUUUCCAGAAAAAGAUUUUACCCUGGGAAAUGAUGCUGGAAACCGAUGUGGAUCUCACAAAAUCAUUGGUACAGAAACAGCGACGACGCAACGAUUUGAUUGUGGUGGCUAGUUUGGUGGAUCGUAUUCCCAAUUUGGCCGGUUUAUGCCGAACUUGCGAAAUUUUCAACGCUUCCCAGUUGGUCGUCUACAGUUUAAAGGUGAAAGAGGAUCCGACAUUUACAAAUAUCAGUGUGGCAUCAGAGAAAUGGAUGCCGCUUGCCGAAGUCGCUGAAGCGGAUGUUGAGGCCUUUUUGAAGGCGAAAAAGAAUGAAAACUAUGUGAUCUGCGGUCUUGAACAGACCACCAACAGUGUCACGCUGGGUGAAUUUGAAUUCCCAGAACGCUGUAUCCUGCUACUAGGCAAAGAGCGUCUUGGUAUUCCCGCCAAUUUACUGCAACUGCUUGAUCAGACCAUUGAAAUUCCUCAGUACGGUAUUACCCGCUCACUGAACGUUCACGUCAGUGGAGCCAUUUGCAUUUAUGAAUAUACCAAACAAAUGCAGUGGCGCCAGCAACUCACGCUUGAAGCCUCUUCUCCCACACAGUGUACCACGCCCUUGUAGAAAAAAUAUAUAUAUCUUUCCGUAGAGCAUAGCAAAUAGUAAAUAAAACAUGAUCAGCC